UGUGACGGUCAGCUGACUCUACCCGGAAACGGUGCGGUAGCAGACAACAACAAAAAUAUACCUUCAUUCAGCAAGAUUGAAUUUAAGUUUUUUACGAUUGAUAACAAUGGAGUCGACCCUCGAACAGCAUCUUGAUGAUACCAUGAAGAAUCCAGCAGUGGUCGGUGUGCUCUGCACGGAUCAGCAAGGACACAACCUGGGCUGCCGUGGGUCCCUGUCUGAUGAACAUGGCGGCGUUGUAUCCGUUUUGGCCAAACAAGCUGCAGCUCUCACAAAAGACCCAACAGACACUCCAACUGUAUGCCUGGAGUCUGAGUCGGGAAACAUUCUGGUGAGGAGUCACGGGACCAUCACGGUAGCAGUUCAUAAGAUUGCAUCUUGAAGACAACAGGACUCACUUUUGUUUUGUUUUUUGUAAAGAAGUGUACAUGCAAGCGUGCACUUAAAGUGUAUUCACACAAUCCAAAAUCUGGACUCUUAAAAAACUGAUUUGCUGUUUCUGUAUAUUCAGAUUCCCUGUUUCAAUGAGAAGAUGCUUGUUGUUCUGCUUUAGUUAAAUCUGUAACACCCAUCUGUAAGUAAUGCUAUUAUUUUUGAUAUAAUUUACACCUUUGCUUUGUUAUAUCAGUGUUCUGUCUGCUCCUGUGUCUGGCAGUCAUGCACACAAUAACUACCCUUAAUAAACUUUAACUUGACUUUGACUUUG